AUGACAUACAGGGAUGCUGACAAGUCGGCGCUGCGGCGCAGCUCGGUGCCCGGUCUUCGGCUGGCGGCGAGCCCCGCGCCCUUGCCUCGGCUUCGGCGAGUGACGUGGCUGCUGCUGUGGCUGUCGCUCGGGGCGCUCAUGACGCAGGACCUGAGCGCCGUCGUGACCGACUACCUGCGCUUCGACGACAUCGUGACGGUGUCGGUGCGCGAGGCGGAGCGACCCACCUUCCCCGCCGUCACCGUGUGCAACACGAACCGGCUGCACCGGUCGAACCUUUGCGCUCGCCAGCUGCGGUCACGGUACGCGGCCGACGCGCCGUUGCUUCGCUGGAGACGCCUUCUCUGCAACUCCACUACUUACCCGAACAUCGUGCUGAGCAAGGAGGACCUGGAAGUGCAGCGAGAGCUGGCCGAAUGGACCCGGGCAGUGUUCCGCAACGCCCACUAUGCGGACCUUCACCUGGCGCACCAAGUGGACAACAUGCUGCGACACUGCGACUUCAACGGCCACGACUGCAGGGCGAUCGACGUUCUGAGUGUGAAGUCGGUGCCUGCUUACGGAGACUGCGUCUGCGUGGGCUGCUAUCCGAACAUGGGCACAGACUACAUCAGAGAUAUGACUGUCGGAUGUGGACAUGGGCUCAGCCUGAUCUUAGACGUGGAUCUGGAGGAGUACUUGCCGCUCAGCGUCGAAGCCGGUUUCGCCAUCAUGGUGCAUCACCCGUGGAGCGAGAUUAACGUCGCCAUGGAAACCACAUUUGUGGCCCCCGGCUUCGCCACCUACAUAACUGUCGACCACCGGCUGUCCGUGAUCAUCAAGUGA